AAUUGCUUUUUGGCAUAUCUUAUUACCUGGAUGUCUAACCUUCAUCGGCGUAACGCAAGUUCAAUACCAUGCAUGGAAAGUUGGUAACUAUGAAUCUAUAUUUCACACAUUAGAUCUACACGAAGACCAGUCAUGAAACCAAAGCAGAAAAGUCGUGAUGACUACAACAGAGGUGACGAGACCAUGAUAAACCUAUUCCAGUCUUUAGAUGACAAAAAGGCCGGGCGACAAGACGACGAUGCUGCCUCGACCUCCCUUUGCAACGAAGUACUGAAACAGCUUGGUGUAGCGGCCUGUUUGUUGGCCGCCAUCAUUGCCGGCACUAUCCCUUCAACCUCUCGGUACGUCCAGGACCGCGGCUACACACCUUACCAGAUCAUCUUCUUCAAUGACUUGUUGAUAAGUCUGGUUGCCCUGGGUGUCAUCAUCUACUACCGCACGGACAUCCGUGUUUCCAGUUACAAACGACAAGCACAGCUCAUCUUUCAGGGAGUUUUCCGGUUCGUUGGCCAGUUGUUCUUGAUGUUGGCCUACCUGUACGUACCUCCUGCCAACGCAGAGAACGUUACCAACGCCAGCAUUCCAGUCUUCUCCGUUAUUGUGGCCGGUAUUUUUCUACAUGAGAUUCCCUCUCUAGUCGUCAUCUUCGGAAGCAUCUGUAACAUCGCCGGGGUGAUACUUCUUGGUUACGGAAGCUUAUACGAGGAACUGUCACACACAGAACCGCACACAGAACGCGCCUUUGUGGGAUUCGGGUUGGCAGUGGCUUCAGCAGUCAUUUCUGCCUGCCUCAACACAAGCAUAAGAAGUCUUCUCCAAAACGUCAUCGUUCCGAAAAGUCUAUUACUUGCCUGCGCUCAUGGUAUUUGUAGCGGUUUGGCAGGUGUACUAGCGUGUAUCUUCAGUUCAACGUGGCAACUCGAUGCCAUAUCGUCUGGUGUUUUAAUUGUGAAUGUGACAACACAUGGGAUAUUCAUAGCACUUUUAUACGCCGGUCUGGAGUUUGUAGAAGUGAACGCGCAAAGCGCUCUGCGACAGGUACCCGCUUUGUCUGCAUAUGUUCUCCAGUGGGUGCUUUUAGGAUUCAAACCGACAAUAUAUGAAGUUAUAGGACUGGCCUGUAUCGUUGCAGGAACAUCGGCAGUAGUCGUUGUAGGGUUGGUAGAACGUUGGAAACAAAAGAAGCGUGUUACUUUCGCUGAUGAAAUGAGUUUCCAUUAUUAUGAAAAAGACAUUGCAGAGUAACUGCGACGACUAUUGUAGGGCUACCUCUUACUUGAAGUCUUAUUUGCCCGUCAAAAAAGAGAAGGGGCUGUGCGAGCAACAUCUGUAGAGCUUCUCCGUUGAGGUUGCCAGACAGCCUCUACUGCAUGUAACAUAUAGAGGCGUAAAAAUACGCCUCGUGUAAGGAGUUGUAUAAGGCUAUGUUCUUAUUCUGUGAUUAUGUUUCUUCGGGGUAUUUACUUAUGAUGAUGAUUUUUAUAGCUUUAGUGCACAACAAUUGAAUGAAAUACAACGUAUGAUAAUAUGCUAAUGCUCAAAUCCAGGAAAACUUCAAAUUAACUCUACAAGAGACCACAUAUGUA